AAAUACUCCUAAUCUUAAACAUUUUUUCAUAUCUCUUCUCCAAUUCUUCCUAAAUCCUAUUCUUAACUCUCUACUCUCUAAUUCUCUUCUCCAAGAAGUUAAGAUGGAAAAUCAAAAUGCCAUUAUACGGUAUAAUUUUGAUAAGCAGAAGGACCCGAAGACCGGGAUGUGGUACGCAAUUUGCAAAUGGUGCGAAAAAAAAUGUAUCAUGGGGGCUUCAGGCGGAUUCGGGAUGGCAAUCAAGCAUAUGAAGUCAUGUGACAAAGCCAAAGGAUCGGGAGGUGCAGGAAGUUCCGAUUGAUUACAAUUUUCAAAAUGUUUAUCUCUUAAAGUUUGUUUUAAUUUUCAAAUGUAGUUCCUAUUUAAUUUCAAAUAAAUGCAAUUGAAGUUUGUUUUUAAUACUCGUAUAAAACCAUAAACUAUAAAAUAUAAAUUAUAAAAAAAAAAUUAACCGGCCCGGCCCGAACCGGACCCGACCCGUGACCCGGGCGGGUGGCCCGGCCCGAACCGGACCCGUCCAACCCUCGGGCCGGUCCCGGGCCCACUUUUCUUGAACCGGCGGCCCGACCGGGCCUAGGCCCGGCCCGGGC